AUGGUCAACAAACCCUUCAAUCAACCAGGUCCGCAUGCUACUAGCGAUGCUGGUAAAGCCAAUGACACCCAGAGCGUCAGCAAGCGCGACGUAAUUCGUGAGAUCCUCGCCUUCUCCAAAUCCAAGACAAAAGAGGUCGAUGCCACGGUUACCAACCAGACAGUGAGUGCUCAAACCCCUCCUCAAGUUGUAGGACCGCCUACUGCAUCCUCAGCCAGUGACGUUCACCCAGUUGCCGACCAAGCUGUCACAUCCACCCCUCCUGUCGACAAGCCCCUGCCUGCACCUGUCGAAACCAAGAGGAUCUCGAACAUCUUUCUCAAGAACUUGCCUGCGCCUGUGAUGAAGACUACGUUGCCUGCUGUCCAGGAUCGCAUUGAGGUCACCCAACAGUUGGCCUAUUGCAGUGCCUUGCUUCUCUACGGUUCAUCUCCUGCACUGGCCACCGCUGCUGAACUUGAUGAGCAGGCCCGCAAUCCCGCCAUAACACUGCAGAGGUUCCAAAACCUUGACAACAAGGAACUUGAUUGGCUUGCAGAGAUGGAAAAGAACUUGCCUGCGAAGGAACGUAUCUCCUGGUUGGGAGCACGCAUGGUCGACGAGUUUGCCAAAGAUGUCCUCAAAGACUCGACCGAGAUUGCCGAGAUUGUCCUUCUUGGCCCUGUCUUGGACAAGGAGACUUACCGCAGCCUGCUGUCGUGCACCAUCACCGCAUUCGAGCAGUCUGUUCUUCUGAAUGUCGAUCUCCUGCAAGGCCUUGUUCAGCUCGUCCAAGUGGCCCCUCCUGACUCUCUGGUCUCUGACGACUUGGUCAAGAUCCUCCGUGUCCUUAGGAUUUGCUUGCAGGACUCCCACCAGCAGUCUUCGGCACACCCUUUUCAUCUCACAUUGGCACUGUCGCGACUUCUUGACGUGAUGGCAGAGCACCAGGUCAAGGAUUUGGACCGCGUCGAGGAUCAUGAGCCUUUGUCAGGAAUCUUGUCAGGACUGAAAGGUAGCUCGGAUCCGUACCUGAUGUACCAAGCUUGUUAUGCAUUUCAGGCGCUCCAGUAUGUCCCUGAUGAUGAGAGUGCACUUCAGUCAGUUCUUCGACACGGGACUGGAGUUGUCAAUGGCCUCAUCCAGGUUUCUGGUGUAUUCAAACUGGAUCUGGGAGCAGUUCUUCAGGGUCUAAGCAACCUUCAAGAAGCACUCGGUGGCAUCAUCGGAGUUGCUAGUGAUGUCUACAAGGGUGUGAACUCUGUGAUGGAGAACGGCCGCGGCGUUCUGGAUGGUUUCAAGGAAGGAUUCUCUGAAGGAAAGAAGCGACCAUGGUACGCAGCCAUCCGUGUUGCUCAGGCUCUCUUCCAAGCUGGCCAACUGAAGGAUCUCAACCAACUCAUAUACGAGGCACCUUGUCGUGGUGACUCCUUGUUCCAAUGGGGUAUCUGCCAGAUUCUGGGAGAGAUCGCAUCCGAUGUCAUGUGGGAUACCAAUGUCCGCCAGCAAGCCAUCGACCUUCUCGGAGACCUGUACAAGAACGAUUCACAGUGGGGGGAGGACGAGAGCGUCAAAACCUGGAUGGUUAACAUUAUUAGCCACCUCAGUACCGUUUCAGACCAGGCCGUCAAGACCAUCGCCAUUGCUUUACUCAAAGACCUCCACCAGGAUCAAACCGCCACCAUCCGACUUCCUUACCCACUGAGGAACCGUUUUCCUCUGCCACCAUCAUCACCUCUACUCGCCGGUGUUUUGGCUAUCUCCGACAUCGAGUACGAUCUGCACAAACUGAGGUUGCAGCGGCUCGAGGAGUACAGCAAGGGCGUUUACAUCCCUCUCCAGGCUAAACCCAGCCUGCUGUCACCCGACGAUACGCUGUUUUCGCUCAUGGAGAAAAUUCUCGAGUUCUUGGCUGGUGAACGACAGGUGUUCUUGGUGCUGGGAGAUUCUGGUGCCGGCAAAUCGACAUUCAACCUCGAGCUGGAGCACACUCUGUGGAAGGACUACAAGAAAUACGGACCCAUUCCUCUCUACAUCAACCUACCCACCAUUGACUAUCCGACACACGACCUCAUCGAGAAGCAGCUCCAGUAUCUCAACUUUUCAGAGAACCAGAUCCACGAAAUGAAACUGCACCGCCAGUUCAUGCUUAUCUGCGACGGCUAUGACGAAAGCCAGCUUAAGACCAACAUUCACACCACCAAUCAGUUCAAUCAGCCAGGGCAGUGGCAAGUCAAGGUCGUCAUCAGUUGCCGCACCCAGUACCUCGGACAAGACUACCGCUCUCGCUUCCAGCCUCAGCCUGUCGAUAGGUACCAUCACACUGCGACAGAUCUUUACCAGGAGGCGGCGGUCGCAGCUUUCUCCACAGCUCAGAUUCAGCAGUAUGUUGACGAUUACGUCAAGGAACUACCCAUGGUCGACCCUAUCCAUAACAAACCGACAUGGACAGCAGAGGAAUACAUGGACAAACUGGUCAACAUCCCCAACCUCAUUGAUCUCGUCUCCAACCCUUUCCUCCUUACGUUGGCUCUGGAUGCUCUCCCAUCUGUAGUCGCCUCAAAGACAGAUCUCUCGACCAUCCGUAUUACACGUGUGCAGUUGUACGACAGUUUCGUCAGGCGGUGGCUCGAGGUCAACCGUAAGCGACUAGAAGCCAGCCCCUUGAGCAGCGAGGAGCGGUCGGAACUGGAUAUGCUUAUCGAGGACAACUUUCUCUACCAUGGAAUCCACUACCAGAAGGAUCUCGCUACCGCCAUCUUCAUCGACCAUGCAGGAAAUCCCGUCGUCAAGUACACCCACCUUCGCGACAAGAACACCUGGAAGGCCGCGUUCUUUAACCCCAGUGGCCAAGCCAAGCUGCUUCGAGAGUCGAGUACGGUGAAGCGGUCUGGCGCCUUCUUUCGGUUUCUUCAUCGUUCGCUACUGGAGUACUUUUAUUCUAGGACUAUCUACGACCCUCUCGAUUAUGACGAAGAAGCUGUUGAUGGCCUCGACGAGCGGGAACCGGGCCCUGAUCUCAUGACAUGCCUGUCUCGGUUGAACAUUGUCACGGAGCCAUCGGUCGUGCAGUUCCUGGCUGAAAGAGUGCGACAGAAUCCAUCUUUCCGGCAGCAGCUACUGGAUGCUGUCGAAGAGUCCAAGGCGAAUGCGACGACUGACACGGUCAAGAUUGCAGCGACGACCGCCAUCACGAUUUUGGUCAAGGCCGGCGUGACCUUUCAUGACGCAGACCUCCGUGGUGUCAAAAUCCCUGGCGCCGACCUUUCCGGUGGUCAGUUUGACUAUGCGCAGUUUCAAGGAGCAGACUUGACGGGUGUCAAUCUUUCGAGGAGCUGGUUGCGAGAGGCGGAUUUGAGCGGCGCAAAGAUGGAUGGUGUCCAAUUUGGGGAACUCCCGUACCUGGAGUUGGAUAACAGUGUGCGUGCCUGUGCCUACUCGCCCGAUGGAAGAACGCUUGCCGUGGGUGUAGAGAUAUUUGGAAUCUACGGCGUUAGCACUUACAACACCUCAUCAUGGACGGAGACCUAUUCCUUUGGAGCGCCGCGUAAAAUGCAAACUAUGGCAUUUUCACCCGACGGCAAAAGGGUCGUGUUUGGAGGGAAGGGUGGGUGGGUUAGGCUGUGGGAUUGUGCCAGCGGCCAAGAGAUGUUCGUCAUGAGAGGGCAUACGUAUAAAGUGAACUCCGUUACCUUCUCUCCCUGUGGCAAGCAAAUCGCCUCAUCCAGUGAUGACGAAACAGUACGAGUGUGGGAUUCGCAUACCGGGGAGAGUCUCUUUGUCUUGGAGGGUCACAGAGACCAGGUCAAGAGCGUCAAGUAUUCUCCGAGCGGAGAGCGGCUGGUGUCGGGCGGUUCCGAUGAUACGAUUAGGUUUUGGAACUUGGAGACAGGAGAAGUAGGGAUUGUUUUGGACUCUUCCUUGGGUGAGGUUCGCACUCUUGCCUUUUCUACUGACGGACGGUGGAUUGCUUCUGGUCAUGCGAGGGGUGGAUUGCAACUUUGGCACGCGGUGUCUGGAGAGCCAGGUCCUGUUCUGCGUGGUCAUACCGGAGGUGUCACAGGCAUUGCGUUUUCUCCAGACAGCCGGUGGAUUGUUUCUUCCAGUCACGACUACACAGUGAGACUAUGGGAUGCGUCGACAGGCAACCCCAUUAACACACUGUCAAGCCACAAGGCUGUGUACGAUGUCGUCUUUUCUCCGAAUGGCCUUCACAUCGCAUCGGGUGGUGAUGACUGCAGGGUGCGGCUGUGGGAUGUGGACUCUAUCUUGACGUCGAGUGUUGAGCAGCAGGAUCAAAUCGGGGAUGUACGGAGUACGGUGUACUCUCCGAAUGGCCAAUAUAUUCUUACAGUCGGCAACAGUCACACGGUCAAGCAGUGGAAUUCUCUCACAGGAACGCCUGUACCACUUCCGAGUGAGUUACCGGAAACUAAACUAGUCUUGUCCGUGUCAUAUUCAUUGGACAACAUCCCAACCGUGGCCUUCAAUCAAAACAGGGCUCUUCGAUUGUGGGAGCUUCAGGCAGGAAGUCCAAAGUCUAUUCUGGAAGGCUCCAGCGCGGCGGAGUACGUUACCAUGUCGCCUUGCUGUCGCUGGAUCGCUUCUAUUGACCUGUACCAUACUGUGACGCUGUGGAACCUUGCCAGCACUCAACAUGUGCACAUACUUAAUGAGAAGGGCGGACCUACUCGCGAGAUUAUCAGCUGCUUGGCAUUCUCCCCGACCGGACAUCAGCUCGCAGUCGGCGCUUCGAGUGGUGACAUCUGGCUCUUCGAUCCUCAAUCGAAAGGUCUAACAAUGUCCAGGUCCAUACAUUGCUGUGUUGGGGUGAUGUCGUUUUCGCCGGACGGCCAACAGCUUGCAGUCGGAACCUAUUAUAGCUUGAUCUACCUUUUGGGUUUACAGUCAGAGGAGCGUGCUAUCGAGCUGAAUGGACACUCAAAAAGUGUGCAAUGCAUUGCCUACUCACCUUGCGGCGAAUGGAUUGCUUCCGGCAGUGAGGACAAGACAGUUCGAGUCUGGCGCAGGCGGCGACCACCAAGCGAUACAGAGACCUGGUCGUGUGUCUCAACGGUCCGUGGUUACUUUGACAUGGUCCUUGGCAUUGCCUGGAGUCCGACCAUCCCUAUGGAAUUUGUCACUGGCUGCAGCGACGAAUCAGUCCGGGUCUGGCGAGUGUCGAGCGAUGGUGAGGAUGUUGUCGUCAAGCUGUUCUGUGGCACCAAUCUUGCGGUUCUCCAUACCGCCGGUCUUGUGCUCAAGGGUACGAUUGGUCUUAGUCCGAUGCAAAAGAAGUUGUUGGUCCAGCGUGGUACCAUUGACGACUCUUUGACUUUGGAGGAAGAUGGACAAUAG